GUGGGGCUGAGUUACAUUGCCAAUGCCAUUGGGGCUCCGCUGUAUAUGGACGAGAGAACCAAAUUGAUGAGAAACUUGCAGAGUGCCAGGGUAUGUGUAGAAGUGGAUAUGGAGAGAAAUCUUCUAGAAUGCAUUUCCAUCAAGAUGCCCUCUGGCUCCCUACACACCAUGGACGUGUGGAAACCUUCUCUUUUCACAGGGGACAAGAAAUUGGGGCAUUUGAUGAAUGAUUGUGUUGCUCCCAAUGUCUGGAAGCCUAAAACAAACCAGGCUUUCAGUGAGCAACAUCUCAGUUCAGUGCAGGCUACUGAGGAGCUGGGAAAAGGAAAGUCUUCCAUAGUCAGACAGAAGACUGAGUCCCUGGCCAUUAAGAAAGGGAUUGAGUCUAUCAACAUGUUUAGCAUGCUGGAUGACCCUGAGGAUGACAGUCCUGCAGUUCCACUAGCUGAAGAGGCUACUGCUCACAACAUUGGGUCGGACAAAGGGGCUGGAAGGCAGAUUACAGAUGACAGCAAUGGCCCUACAAAUGCUGGAACUAAAAUUGAUAAGGGGAGAGAUUAGGAACAGGCUGGAAAUAAAGGUAACAAGAGGGGGAGACCCCAAAGAUGCAAGUAUUACCUGAAAACACAACAACUCCUAAAUGAAUAUUGGAUGCUGGAACACCAAAGGGUUGAAUGGCCUGGUCAAGAUAACAGAAGUUAGAAGAUUCAUGAAAGAUCAUAAGCUGAAGAUUAUCGGGCUGCUUGAAACCAAGGUAAAGGCCAAGAUUUAUGUUGCAGUUUCUAAAAUGCUGAAUGAGAAUUGAAUUUUUGUGCAUAA